CCGUUAGGAAGGAAAUGUCCACAUUUUUCCCAUUUCCAAAAAACCGAAUUAAGUUCCCUGACGUAACAAGAGGGUUCCUCCUGCGUCAGAGGCGUCCACACAUAAAAGGAGCUACAUGGCAUUCCCACUAAAUAUCUUCAAUUAUGAUUUGUUCACUGUUCCUAACCGAGCUGUUCCUCCUGCUCUCCGUGCGCUCCUGGCUGGCGCACGGCACCACCGCCCCGCCGACCUACGAACACACCGACCCGCUCACCGGCACGACGGUGCAGUGUGACCGCUGCCCGCCGGGAACCUUCCUGCGCGCCAGCUGCUCCUCCGAUACGAAGAGCGAGUGCGCUCCGUGUCCGGAGGGCUCCUUCACGGAGCUCUGGAACUACAUCGGGCACUGUUUGCGCUGCGGAAUCUGCGGACGGAACCAGGUGGUGAAGAAGGAAUGCAGCGCAGACAGCGACUGUCAGUGCGAGUGCAUACAGGGUUACUUCUACCGUCAGGACUACGACAUGUGCGUCCGACACAGCGAGUGUCCAUCCGGGCACGGAGUGCUCACCAGAGGUACACCUGAGAAGGACACAGUAUGUCAGGCUUGCUCUGAAGGCACCUUCUCUGACAUUUCCUCCGCCCAACAAAACUGCAAGCAGCACAAGAGCUGCAGCGAUGCAGGACUGCAGCUGGUGCUCAAGGGCUCCACCUGGCAUGACAGUGUGUGUGCCAACUGUGGAGAGCGCAAAGAUGGAGCUGAGUACCUUAAGGAAAUUAUCCCGGCUUUCUUCAGCUACCACAAAAUGAAUAUCAAACGGCUGCGUCGGAUUGUACACAGGCUGCCCUCUGCGGGUGGUAAAACGCCAGGAGAAACUUUGGAGCUGAACUUCUCCGAACUCCACGCACGCAUCUGCAACUGGGUGUCCUCUGCCACAGCGGCACAAAUUCAGCAGCUUCCCGACAUCGUGAAUAAAGUAGGAGCAACAAGUGUUGGCGAGAAACUACAGAGCAAGCUCCACCAAGUUGAAAAACAUCUGAGAGAGUCCUGUCGCCCUGAGCUCGACUGGAAUGAAGUUUUAUAAACUCUAAGAUGUAUAAGAAUCUAUAUUUAAUGCAGUAAAAAAAAUUCAACAGUUUGUAUAAAGCCUGUGUGUAUAGAAUUUCUGAAGAAAAGCCAGAAAAUAACUUAAAGAAUUUAAAACAGGUUUAGAAUAGAUUGACAUCCAUCCAGGCGUCCCAGACUUCCCUCCUGUGGAGGUUUAAGUAGAAAGAGUAUUUAAAAAUGUGAAGUACUUACAAAUGUUCGAGGAUGGUUUUUGUUUUUUGCAAGUUUUGGUUUAUUUAGACAUUAGUCUCAGAUAAUCGGCAAACGCUCAAGCAAUUAUCUAUCCCCAGAUGUUUUGAUCCACGGACAGCUCCAUCUGGAUUUGUCACAUAUUCGUGGAGUUAACUGGAAACAACUUUCAUUUAGAGAAAUUUACCCUUAGGACCUGGAGCAUUGUGUGAAGAUUGGUAAAACAAUUCAAAUUAAUGAGAUAACUUUGUUGGGAUCAGAGAUGUAGACAACUUAAUCGUCUGCAUAAAGAGUUGGUUUAAGCGACAUGCCUAACACCCCAUAAUUACAGCCAUGUAGAGGAAACAUCAGUUAACACAAGAAUUGGGGGUGUAUUCUGCAGUGUUACAGUAGAGUGCCAUCGCUUUAAUAACUGUGUAUUAGUCUGUAUAAAAAAAGCUUGUGUGAUGUCAUACUAUUAAGGUGGAAAGUGCUAAAUACUUUCUCAUAAUAAACCGUAAUUUAAAUGCCUGCACGUCAUUCAGAUGUUGUUGCAGGACAUGCAGGCCCAUGGAAAGAAGGAUUUCUUUUUGCCACUGUUGCACUAAUACGUUUUUAAUAGUCAUCUGUGUGUAACUGAAAAUGAUGAGGAUCAAUUGUGACCCAAUUGCUGCAUUAGACAAAAGUGUCAUACCCUGCUGAGGUAUAUUGUUGUAUGGGUUAGAACAUGUGUUUUGAAAAGUGCCUUCCGACGAUGUUGUCAGUUGGUAUUAUAUUUAUAUUUCCUUCCUGUCUUCCCACAGACACAUUUCUGUUUUUCAUAGUGUUGUUGUUUUAUACCUUUUCCACCUCAGUCGAUACAGUAACAAUGGCAGCUGAAAGGUUGAGCUUUAUAGGGAGUAGAUUUUUUUUAUUUUUUAAAGAUCAAUUAAAGCUUUUACACAUUCUAAAAGUGGUGAUUUGUUUUUACAAUGGCUGUAAUACACACCUUGGGCUAUAUCAGUAACAUCAGGUACUUUAAAUGGACUUUUGUACUUCAUUCAUUGUAAAAGUUUUCAUUUCAAAUCAAAGUUUAAUUAAUUAUUUAAUUAUUACACCAAUUUUCCUUAAGGAUUAAGUGAUCAAAUUCAGAACUCAACAAUCAAAUAAAAAUGAAUUAAAAAGUCUUGAAUUUUGCAUUAACCUGAAGACUCAAACAUGUAUUUGCCUUUUAUUUUACAUAUAGAAAUGCUAAAUUGCAAGGAGUUUGAUAUUAGAUUAUUAUACAGUCA